AUGGGGGUCAACACCCGCAGACCGAUGCUUCCCGCCCCCACAGAAUCCAUCAUCGAUACGGGGGAUAGCGCAACGGGCACAGAUCUGGCAACUGACAUUUCUCGCCGCACAGACAAAACGUCGUACUCUAUCCCAGACGACGGUAGCCCCAUCACUGUCCCCACUCGGCGACAGCGGGACCGCGACGAGAAACUGUCUCGUUCUCACCACGAUUCUCAUACCUCAUUACUCAUCGAGUAUUUCGAGGGCGGGAAAGGCACCAGCGGAAUUGUCUCCCGUCCCUCCGUGCGAGUACGUGUGACACCUUCGUCGGCGAGGAAAUCGAGAGACAGGAAAGAUCAUUUCCAAAUUACCGAAACAAGCGGCAGCCACAGCCACAAGCCCUCGUACACACACCGAAUAUCUCUACCAACGCCAUCCGAUCAAAAACAAAUAGAGUCGGGCCCGGCGGAUGAUCAAAGCGUUGACUCCGAUUCAGCUGAGGAGGACAGUCCACUAUCAUCACGUCGCGAGGGUGUCGAUAUCGAAUUUGUGAACCGCGGAGACAGCGAGAUGUCUACCCUUUCGCAAGAUACCCGCUAUAUGCCCACCACAUCCGAAGUCUCGUCUAUGCCGCCGGAAAGCAUGAUCAACGCCUCGUCGACAGGCCCCAGGCGGAAACGCAGCCAGAGUCUGGAGCGUGGCUCGCCCCAUGAAGAGAAGGGUUUGCUUAAGACCCCCCACCGACAGAGAAGUCGAAGUUUGAGCACGGAGCGGAUUGCCCAUCGCGUGGCAGAAAAACUCGCCGAAUCGCCGCAAGAGGCUUCGAGCGGCAGGCAUAGAAGCAAAGGCGGCAUGGAUUACCUCGACGCUGAACCAAGAUUAUCCCGUCGCCGAAGGCACAAGUAUGCGGACGAAGAUAUGAUCAGUGCAGAAUCGAGUCUUCUCAGCGGAUCUGCAGUCUCUUCGAACCUCAGGUCCGAUCAGUAUUCGGUUCGCUCUGGUGCAUCCAAGUCGUCUAUCAACAACCCAAAGUUGCUUGAGACGGUCGAGGAUGCAAUCAGGAGACUCAUCCUACCAGAGUUGAAGGAGCUCAAGAAGGACCAGAAAGUUAUGACCAACAAGAGCAAAUUCGAGCAUGACAUGGCGACACCUCACUCGUCCGGCACUAGCUCCAGAGAUGAGCUGGGCCGGCGGCUUUCUAAACACGCCAGUGCACCAGAUAUCAUAAAGCCCAAGGUUGUCCUGAACAUGAACAGCAAAGAUGAGGGCAUUGUUCUUUCCCCCGAAGUCGUUCCACAAAACAAGGAACGCAAAUCAAGCAAAAGCAGUGAAACUUCCGAAAUGGCCGUGAGAUGGGCCAAUCGACCCGACUUCACCGAACAAGAUAAGAUCCGACGUCAGAGGAGCAGGGGUCUUCGCGAUGCCCAUGCCGCUGCACGGGUUGGCUCUGCUCUUACGGCAGCUUCUUUAAAACAUCACGACUCCAAUUCCAGUCUGGGUAAGAAGGAGCAGCGCCGCAAUAGUGGCUCUCGGAAGAGUGGCUCCCGUAAGAGCACAGAGAGUAUGAACUACAACGAAACCGAACUUGUCUUCCAGAAGCACAAUGUCGCCCCCAUGCCAAUGCACAGCGAGAUGGAUUCCGAGUUGACUAGAAAUUCUUUACUCUCCGAACGCACGGCAAGUCCCACUUCCGAGACGAGAGGCUCUUACUUCGAUGUGGCACGUGGAUCGCCGAGGCAGGCUGUAUCGCCAGCUUCUCGCACUCCCACCCGAAACUCUGUUGACUCGCGUUACGGGCUUGGAAUGCGCCACGGCAACCAGUCGCACCAUAACAUUUCAGUACACAGUGCCUCGGAUCGAGACCUGCAUGGCAGAAGUCAAUCUCCUGGAACUGAUGGUGGUAACUGGACAAUUGCGGCUGCCGCUGCAGCGAAUCUUCUUGACGCUGCUCACCCUGGACAUGACCAAACAGAAGACGACUACUAUAAUGAAGCUUCUGACCGUGGAUUAAGCCCCAUUCAGAGCAUCGGGAGUGAUCUCACUGAGACUCACCAUGGCCAUUAUCCGGUCCACGAUGAGCAUGCUGAUGAAAAGCACGAGAUUGAGUCUCGACUGUCCAUUGAGUCUUUGUCAUCGGCCCCAAGUACAAACUUGGCGAGAUCAACCCGCCUCGGCACCAGUGAUAAAAGUCAGAGCGGGAUUUUCAAGGACAACCCCGGCCUCGGAUACGAACAUUCGCGCCAGGGGUCUCAAGACCGUGACUACUAUGGCUACGAUCAGGACAGCAGACGCACUGUCGGAGAUCAAGACAGCGAAGUUGAUUUCAUGGACAAGGUCAAAGAAGGCCAGCGUGUGACAACCGGAAUUGCUGCUAAUCCUAAGUUCAUCCAUCCAAUUGCCGUCGAAUCCGCAGUUGCUUCAUUGAUGGAUCCUUCUGUCCUUGAGUCUCAGCUUUCCUCCGCAAAUCGGUCGCAAACAGAUCUAGGCCCACGACCAGGUAGCCGGAGUCCUGAAAAGCCUGCAAACGAAGGCUACCGCGGAAGCCCUUUGAAGCAACGUCAGGAUGCUUCCACUGCCGAUGAAACCUCGUUCCCGCGACGCAUGGGUGCUACAUCGCCUCCUCAGAGCGUCGCCCAGUCCUUUGACGAAAUGGACGAAUCGGUUAUGAUGCCUGCCGAUGACACGCGUGACGUGGAAAGCCCUCUUGCGGAUGCUGAAAGCCAACAAUCGGAGUCGGAAAUCAAUACCAAUCCGUCCAUCAUCCAGGGCCCCAUUGGCGGUGUGGCUCAGGGUGAUCAUUGGAGAUAUAACUCACGAUCUCCCCCAGUAGAACACUACUACGACACCCAGAUUGGUGGGUCUAAGGGUCUGAAUGCCGAACAACAAAUAGGGCUUGAUGCAGAAUACUACCAGACUGCCCAGAAUAUCUUUGGCGGCGAUGAUUACUCUUCCCACUCUGCGGACGUGCAACCGCGGCCAUUGUUCGGUACUCCACCUGGUGCCAAGGAUGAAGGCUAUGUUUCGGCUGCCAAUCCCAUGUCUCCCAGCAUCGGGACCUCGAAACAGGGUAGUCGAGGACUCGCAGGUGCAGAUGCCGCUGGAAUGGGUAGUUUCGACAGCCCUGCUGGGGCAGAUGAUUCGUUUGGCUCUGGUAAUGAACGUCACUUCAGUGGCUAUUCUCACGGGGUUGGCUCGCCUCUCUAUGACGGUGCCACUGGUCGAGGCAUCGAACGAAUUCAGUCCCAAGACAUUGUGGCUCUCAUGGACCAUCUGACUGUUCGUGACGCCCAGCGGAAUGCCAGAGAUACCGAAAUUCUGGUUACUCUAGUUCGAAGUGCCGCUGAAAUGCGCACCUCCUUCGAGCAGAUGAAGAGGUUCAUUGCCGAACAGGAUGAUCUGAUCAUGGAUACCAGCGACAGAGGACAUGAGAGGACUCACAAGGCGCUUGGUGGCCCCCGUCCACUGCCCUCCAGUGCUUCUCGGAACCGACAGCUGAAUACAGCUGAUGAAGAAGACAAGCGGAAGAACAUUUUCAAGCGUGCGCUCAAGGGAUUGAGUCUCAAGUCGGGAAAUGAUUUGGCUAAGAUCGAAGGCAUGCUUGAGCAGCUACUUGGCGAAGUUGAGGCCUUGCGGUCCGGACAAGAUGGAUUGAGCGUUCGUGGUGGCACCCGAAUGGGAAGCAUGGAGCUGACCGGGUAUGAAAUUCCCGGUCAAAACGGUGCUCCUAUCGAGACGAGCCGCUCUCCAUAUGGCUCCAGCUCUUCUCACCCGGCGAAUGAACAGCACAGAGAUUCAGAUCAGCGAGUCAGCACUGUCCAUGAAGUCGACGAAGACCUCGAGCUUGACGAUCGUGAUCAGUUCCUGACCUCGCACCUCCCUGUUCGUGACGCUGCUCGUCACGAGCGGUCUGGCUCACUGCCACUUGACACGCCUCCUCGCAAGCCGGUGGCUACCUCAGCGAACAGCACUGAGACCACCCCCAAGGCCGACAAGGCCCGCAAGCACAAGUCCAGCAGCUCUUCCAUUUUCCCCAAGUUCUCCCGCUGGUCCAAGUCCACUGCCACCUCUAUGGGGGACAACAUUCGCAACAGCAUCCAGCCUUCCCGCAAAGACCGUCCGCACUCUGACCAGUCACGAUCAGGAUCCGAUCUCGCCCCCCUUGGUGCCUACAAGGCCGACUACUAUGACCCCCAGGGAGAUGACCGAAUCCGAUCCACUUAUACCCUGGACGAUGAACAUGACGAGAACAGACCUCCAUCCCCAUUAGUGCCUUCCCAAGUAUCCGAGAUACCCAAGUACCGCGGCCAUCGAGGAAGCCUCGAGCUCCAGCACCCCCAACCUCGCCAAGGCCCAACUGGCCGCUACCAGUCCCGCCUCGAGACCGAAGCCCAGACCUACGCCAGCCCCGUCUCUCCCACCGGCUCAGACCAAUGGGAAUCCAACCCCAGCCUCUCCGCAGCCAAUCCCGCCCAACCCCGCAACAGCGGCGUCAGCGGCAACGCCCGUCUAUCCCCCAUCUCCGACGCAGGCUACUCGGAGACCAGCUCACGAAACACCGGCCCACCCCGUCCUCCCAAAGUCAAGGACGAUGGCCCUCUCAUUCCCGAGCGUCCACCCAAAGUACCAGAAGACGAAGAACAUUCCUACACCACCGACCGCGUCGUUUCCAGAAGCUCCGCCAUCCGUUCCCCUCCCACCCGCAAGCCAACAGGCCCGCGCCCCCUCACCUCCGGCGGCACCUACAGCCCCAGCAACCCCAAGCGAACCCGUUACCGAGGCAGUCCCGCGCAAAUCGAUUAUGACGAUGACCAAUAUUGA